GCAAUGGGGAUUAACUAACUCUGUUAAAGAAGAUGGUGAUGCAGAUGAACUCAAACGUAUGACAGAAGAAGCUAAAGCUCAAUCUGGACCUGGACAGAAGUACGAUCCAGCUGUACUUGAUAAAAUAUUAGGAAAAUCUGAUGCUGAAAUGAUGAAAGAAGCUAUGUAUGUAGCUGUAAAUGAUCAAGCUACACUAGACAAUAGAUUAAUCGCAUUAGACAAUUUUGAAAUGUUAGUAGAGCAAGUUGAUAACGCAAAAAAUAUGAAGAAGAUCGGCUUAUGGGAUCCAAUUUAUACUUUAUUAAAGCACGAUGAAGAUGAUAUUAAGAUUGCUGCUGCUGCUUGCACUGGUAGCGCAAUAAACAAUGAUUACGAUACGCAAGAUACAUUUAUGGAGCUUGAUCCUUUGCCCUUGUUUAUUAGCUACCUCAAUUCAUCUAACAAAUCAUUACAAAAUAAAGCCGUCUUGAAUAUCUCUGGUUUACUCAAGCACAACCCAGUAGCGAUUCACAGAUUCGGUGUAGUAGACGGCUGGUCAGCAUUAAGGAGGGCGUUGGAAGACACGAAUAACAUCAAUCUACAACGCAAAGUUACAUUCCUCUUGAAUAGUCUUCUCUUAUCUGAUGAUAUAACAAUGAGACCUGUAGAUGGUCCAACGAGUACAGCAACAGGAGUUGCCAUUCGUCAAGAAACACAGUUCCCAGGUGACAGAGAGCCACGUACAGCAAGUACGGAAGGCACCGUUAGUCAGGCACUUUAUGAUCAUGGCAUAUUAGACUACCUUCUUAAUACCCUACCACCAAAUGAAUCAGAUUUGGAUCUACAGGAGAAGGCACUCAGAGUUGUUAUAACGCUCACCCAACAAACUAGCAAGAGAAAAUCUAAUGAAAAAGGAUAUAUGACUCAAAAUGUGAAAUCCAAAUUGAGAGAAUGUUUCGCGGAAAUAGACAAAACUGAACAAGCCAGUCAAGGAAGCUUGGAAAAUUUGGGAAUAACAUCUAGUGAAAUUGAACAAAUGCAGGAUUUACUUGGAUGAUUGACGUAAAUUAUUUGAAGAAGGCAUCUUGUUUAAGUUCCUUGUAUGAAUCUCUGUCUAAUGAAUGUAUUGCUACC